GGGAAGGUCAAGAAGGAUGAGACUGAUAAUCUCUUCCUGAAUAAAUCAUUUUUGAGUAAUUUUUGCGUUCAAUAAACGCGAUUAGUUUAUACAGUGCUCGAAAUAUGUCUUUUUUAUACAAAUGGAAGUGAAAAACGACAAUGGGAUCGUUCAAGGCGUUGAUUUCGACUUUUUUAUUCUUGCAUUACCUUCUCGGUAUUUGCAAGACUCACUUACUCAUAAAUGUCAAAAAUCAGGGAGGGGACAUUCUUUUAGAAACUAUUUCAUCCAAUGUGACGGAAGACACAAUAACAUUGGAAUUCCAAAGAUCCGAUGGAACUUUGGUGACACAGUUAAUUGAUUUCAGAAAUGAAGUGCAGGUGAUAAAAGCCCUGGUAUUGGGCGAAGAGGAGCGGGGUCAGAAUCAAUUUCAGGUGAUGUGUUUUGUAAAUCACUUUUAUAAGUCGGACUUUAUUUCCUCUGACGCGAUGUCGAAGCUGCGGCAAAAAAAUCCGGGUACAAUUCGAGUCGCAGAGGAGGACAAAGGACAUGCCAACUAUACGAUGGAUUUAUUUCUCGAUGUAUCACAAUCCAAGGUCAUAUCGAAACAUGUUGGCGCGCUUUGCGCCGAUGCUCAAGACUCAACUUAUACUCGCAAUCAAAAUCUCAAACAGUGGAUUCAAAGACCUGGAUCAUCUGAAGUAGCCUUAAAUGCAGCAGUCCAAAGUUUUUCCUCCACCCGUCCAGACUCGAACGACACCAAAAUUUACCUAAUAUCAAAAUGUUCAGACACCUCCAAUCUUUGGGCGCCCUGUACGUGUUCCCUGGAACUCUGCAUUGGUUGGUAUCCCUGUGGUCUGAAAUUUUGCAAAGGAAAAGUUCCAUAUAACCUCAUCUAUUAUUCAUCCAAGAAGGAUGAUUUUGAAGUAAAAUACUCAAACGGUAUUUUUUUAUACGUUGGUAAGUAAAGAUCUGGUUUUACCUAUUAUCGGUAAAGGAGAUUACAGUUAUAACCACCGUCGAUAAAGAAACUAAUAAUGAAAAAUAAGAGCAAAAAAUAAAUGUUGAAUUAUUCAAAAUGUAGGUUUAGGAAACUUUAAGUCAAUCUCUGAGAUACAAAAAGUUUAUAUAUAUGGCUAAAGAGAAUGAAUAAACAGAAGCGAAUGGAUUUCGAGACUAAAAAAACUAGUUGCGAUUUACUUUUAGUAAUUCUUUAUAACUU